AAUUAAGAGAAUACUUAUCAAUCUGUAGCCUGUGAUUGAGCAGUUGCCAAGCAAAUGAUAUUCCAAAAGGCUACAAAGUCACAUCAGACGUUGUAAAGUGGCCCAGCACUGUUGAACAAGAUCAAGAAUCUUGUUCAUUACAAUACAAAAAAUUGAGGGAAAUCAGGCGUCUGUGCUCAGAUCUAGAAAACCAAGUAGACGAUGCCUGAUACCAACGCCGCACCGCACACCCACCAUUUCUCCCGCAUUCAUAAUUCGUCUUUCUGUAAUCAGAUUUCUCCGGCAUCAUUGUGAUGGGAGACACGGUAGGUGCGCCUGCUCUCCCAUUCUGCCCCUCCCAGACUCACUUCCACUCUAGGCAUUCUCCUGUUCAAAAUUCUUUAUAAAUCCCCAGAGAUCAGGACAGCAACAAACAAAUCUCUCUCUCUCUCUCUCUCUCUCUCUCUCUCUCUCCACACAAGUGAUGCAAUUUGAUGUGGGUGUCUGACAAUUUGCCUCGUUUAAGAUUUUGGAUUCUGGGUGUGUUCCAAGUUUGCUGGGAACAGGAAAGGAUUUGGGUGUCCUAAAAAUUAGCUAUUACGGGGUUCCGAGGGGAUUAGGGUUCGAAAGAAAUCUAAGGGAUCAAAUUCUCAUCUGGGUGUUGAGUUUUCUGCAUUUUGAACUCAGGAACUGUUUUCGUGAAUCAAUUCUAAUUUGGGCGUGCUUCAAUUAUUAUUUUAAGACUAUGAGUCAUAAGAGAAUGGUAGGAGGAAAUGGUAUGUUUUACCCAAUUCUUGGAUUUGCAUCAUGUUUUGCUUUCAUUUACAUGUCUUUUGGGGAUUUGAGGAUCAGUUUUUCCCGAGAACCAAACUUGGCUUUUGUGGAGAGGAACGGUACUCAGUUCAUGUUGGAUGGUAAAGCAUUCUACAUUAAUGGGUGGAACUCUUACUGGUUGAUGGACCAUGCGGUGAAUGAGUACAGUAGACCCAGGGUCAGGGCUAUGCUGCGAGCUGGUGCAAAGAUGGGUCUUACUGUAUGCCGAAGCUGGGCCUUCAAUGAUGGGGCUUACAAUGCCCUCCAGAUUUCCCCUGGUCAAUUCGAUGAGCGAGUCUUCGAGGCUCUGGAUCAUGUCAUUGCAGAAGCAAGAAAGCAUGGAAUCAGGCUGCUGCUUAGCUUAGUCAAUAACUUGCAGGCAUAUGGUGGAAAGACUCAGUAUGUAAAGUGGGCAUGGCAAGAAGGUAUUGGUUUAAGCUCGUCCAAUGAUUCAUUUUUCUUUGAUCCAACCAUCCGUCAGUAUUUCAAGAAUUACAUCAAGACUGUGCUAACAAGGAAGAAUACUAUUACUGGAAUUGAAUAUAGGGAUGAUCCCACCAUCUUUGCAUGGGAGUUGAUAAAUGAACCUCGUUGUAUGUCUGACCCUUCAGGAGACACUCUCCAAGAUUGGCUAGAAGAAAUGUCAGCUUUUGUAAAAUCAAUUGACAAGAACCAUCUGCUGACUAUUGGCCUUGAAGGAUUCUAUGGUCCUAAAAAUCCCAAAAGGUUAACAGUCAAUCCAGGGGAGUGGGCAGCGGACCUUGGAUCAGAUUUUAUUCGAAACUCCAAGAUGUCAACUGUUGAUUUUGCCUCUGUUCAUAUCUACCCAGACCAUUGGUUCCAUGAGCAGGAAUUUGAAGACAAACUAAAGUAUGUGUCCAAAUGGAUGAAAUCUCACAUUGAAGAUGGUGAUAAAGAACUGAAGAAGCCCGUCAUGUUCACUGAGUUUGGGUUAUCAAACCAGAACAAAGACUUUCAACCACCCCAAAGAGACAGGUUUUACCAGACUGUCCAUAAAAUUAUCUACAAAUCUGCAAGGAAAAAGGGAUCUGGAGCAGGCUCCUUCAUCUGGCAGUUCUUGGUUGGAGGAAUGGAAGAGUAUAAUGAUGACUUUGGGAUUGUCCCUUGGGAAAGGCCAACGACGUAUCGGAUAAUAACAGAGCAUUCAUGCAGGCUGGCUGGAGUAGGAGGAGCCAUUCAACAAAAAGGCACUUUGAAAGAACUCUGUUUAGGGAGACGGUGAAAGUUUAAUUCUCUUCUCGGUCCAUUGUUUAGAUGGGGAAAUAUGAGUUGCCAUAUGUUGGAAGUGGUUUGAAGGAACAGCAAUGCUGUCAUUGGUUUUAACCAGGUUUCUCUUCUCAGUCAUCUAAAUUAGGAAAUGAGUAUAUAUCGACGAGUUAUAUUAGUUAGCUGAUUGCAACAUUUACAGUGAUUGUUACUGGAAUAUGGUGUUUUUGAAGCUUGCCGAAUGGGAAACAGCAAAGCCCCAUAUCUCAAGAUUUUAAAAAUACAUGUCAAAGCCAAGAACUUGAAAAGUGAUUCCAUUGUCAUUGGCAUGAAGCAGUUUUUAUUCUUUCAAUUUGGUUGUAAUAUAACUACCAUAAUAAUACAGAAUAUACUGUUGAGUUCAUCAA